AACAGAUACUGUAGAGAUCAGUGUGGAACGAUGGAAAUGCAGAACUACAGGAAAACUUUGAAACCAAGAAGAGAAGGAUUAAAGGGCGCCCGCUUCAAACGAGAAGCCUAUAAAUAUGAGCUGCUCUCUUUGUAACCGCAGCAAUCCAUCUCCUCAACGAAUCUUCCCACUUGCCCUCUUCUUCUUCUUCCCACCAUUCCCAAUCCCAUCCAAAAGUUUCCAGAAACUCCUCCUCCUCCCCCUCCCCCUCCCAUGGCCAACGCGAACAUGGCGUGGGCGGAGCUCCCCAAGGAAUGCCUCGCCGGCAUCCUCCGCUACCUCCCUUGCCUCCCUGACAAAGCCAUGUUCUCCGGUGUCUGCAGACGGUGGCGCAGCGUCGCUUCGGCGCACCUGACGCCUAUGCAACCGUGGCUGUUCAUGCCGUCCGCCACCGCGAUCUCCUUCUUCUGCGUCGCCUGCGAGCGCACCCACCACCACCAGAGCCCCCGCCUGCCGGACGAUGCCCGCGGCGCGCGCUUCUGCGGCACCUUCCUCGAGUGCUGGGUCGCCGCCGCCGAGAUCCCGUAUGAUGAGCCUCUGCCGUGGAAUCGUUUCCCCGCUCUGCUCAACCUCCGCACCGGCGAGCGCGUCCUCCUCCCGAGACACCUCCGCACCAACAACCCUGGUUCCACCGCCAUCAACCGCAUCCAAACCUUCGUCCUCUCCGAUUCCCCAUCCCAGACUUACCGGUACUGGGUCGCCGCCAUAGUGUCCGGCAAACCCAACCUCAUGUUCUGGAGCAACAACAUGAACGAAUGGGCGCCGCCGAUGCUGAAGUGGGACUCGGGGUUCAAGAUUUGGCAGAAGAUGCUACCCAAGGACCCGAUCGAGGACGUGAAAUACUUCUAUGGCGGCCCGCUCGGAGGGGGGUUCUAUGUUCUCAACAAUAAGGAGGACCUGCUGGUGUACACGCCCAAGGCCGACGACGAACACGGCGAGCUCACGAUGUCGUCCGUGAAGAAGUUCGAGGUCCGGAGGAAUCCCCGAUCGACCAUGCCGGGGCCAGGGGAGGUGCUCGGCCGCUACCUCGUGGAAUCCCAAGGGGAUCUGGCCAUGGUCGUCAGGUUCGUCUCCACGGAGAAGGCCACGGUGGCGUUUGACGUCUUCAAGCUGGAGCUGGAGCCGCUGUCCUGGAAGAAAAUCACCUUGGACGCCUUCACAGAUCGGAGGAUCUUCCUCGUGCGAGGCUUCUCCAUGGUCGUCGAGAUGAGGAACCCCUGCCUUCCCAGCAUCUACUUCCUGGAUGACUCCGCGAGGAUUGACGGAGCGGGGGCCUCGACCUCGCAGGCGCAGCAGGUCCAGGGGCCGUUCCCCUGCGGCGACACCGGCAGAUGCUGCGAGCAGGGAAUCGUCCGCUGCCUACCGCGAGAGCCGCCAUCGGACUCCUCGCCGUGGACUUGGUUCUACCUGCCCCAAAACGAUGGCCUUCGUGAAUGGUAUGAGAUGCACGUAUUCAAACAACAGGAAUAGCAGAGACUGCAUGUGCAUCAGGAUGGGUAGAAUUUUGUGCAGAUUGGUUCAGCAUUCUGUUAAUUCAGCUCUGGUAAUCCUUCUCAAUUUGGCGCAAUACGUUUGAGUACCAUGAAUCCUUGUUGCUAUUUUUUCCAUUGCUAUGAUGCCUGAUGCCUCUGGUGGGCUUCUAAUCGUUUUAACAUUCUACUUUUUUUGCGGGGAAGUUUUAACAUUCUACUGUGAGAAAGUUUCAUCUCUGCAUUUGCCUAAUGACUGAAUGAUGCAGGCUACAAUUCUCCUAAUUCACCUCAUGCAGUUGAUUAAUAAAUUUGGGCUGCUACGGUCAUAUUUGCAGUGCUAAAAUGAAACAUAGUUCAGCAGUUAUGGUGUGCUUAACAGGGAUGGAUGUGGUUUCUUACUUUUUUUAACAGUUUGUCAGAUACAAGAGAUGGUCAUUUUUAAUUCAGAUGGUUGUAAUUGAUAUUUGGCAUGUCUGUGUACAUGUGCACUAUCAGGAAUGGCAUUUUUGAGUACUUCAUUGAAGUUUUGAGAUUUCAAUUCA